AUGGAGGAAUCAAACUUGGAUCUAAAAAACAAAUUCAAGAGGGCUCCUCCGCCGCCGCCUAGUACCUCCAACGCCCUUCUCCCCCUCCGCCGCUGCCGAUGGUCGGCGUCGGGCAAAGCCUGCGCGUGCGACGGCAGUGGCGGAGGUUCUCUCCUCCCGUUCCCGGAUCCGCAAUGGCGCGGGCGUCCUAAUCCGCGGGGUGUGGCCCUCCCGACGGUGUGGCAGAUCCCGGAGGCGGCGGACUCACGGCGGUGCACGGGUGCUCAGAUCCAUGGGUGUGGGACUCCCGGCAGCGUGCGGGCUCCCGGCGGCGGCGGGAUCGGUCGAUGGCGGGCUUGGGCGAUGGCGUCGGCCGCGCGGUGCCGGAUCUUGUCGCUCACGGCAGAUCUCGCCACUCCGGCCUUCGUUGAGGAACCUGGACCGGGGGCGGCGGCCCCGUUAGUGCCGAAGCCGUCGCUGUUGCGCCGCGCCCUCAACCCCGACGCCGAUCCCCGCCGCACGGAGCCGCGUCGCCGACCUCCUCCUCGUCUCCUCGCCGGACACCAUCGUCGUCGUCCCCUCUUCGUCGUCGACCUCGUCACCGUCAUCCUCCCCGCGCCCCUGACGCCGGCGCCCGUCCCCGGCGCCAUCCCGACGCCCCACCUCGUCGCUCGCCGGACCGCCCCGUUCCCCCGCCUCUGCUUCACCCAGCGCCGCCGGACGUCCUCCCCGACCUCCUCCCCGCGGCUCUCCACCGUGCCUCGCCGCCUCCGCUCCCCGUCAACGGCCAUGAGUCGUCGUUCCGCUCCUCCUCUCCUCCUUGCGGUCGCCGCGCACCGUGCGCCCGCACCCGCGCCGGCCGCACCCAUCACUGCCGUGCGCACCCGCUCCCUCUGGCUCCGGCGACCCGCGCCCCUGCCCCCACCACUCGCUACAGCCGCCACCCGCUGCUGCUGCCAUCUGCUGCUCCGGUCGCCGUCGCGCGGCUCCUGGCCGCCGGCGCUCGCGCCCGCACGCCCCGGGCUCUGCUCCGCUGCAGCCCCGGUUGAUCUAAUUACUAAUGAAACUAAUUAA